CUGUAGGGCUGGAGAGAUGGCUCAGCGGUUAAGAGCACUCACUGGCUGCUCUUCCAGAGGUCCUGAGUUCAAUUCCCAGCAACCACAUGGUGGCUCAUAACCAUCUAUAAUGUGAUCUGAUGCCACCUUCUGGCAUGCAAAUAAAUAAAUAAAAUGGCACCUGUUCCAAUGCUGUAUUUUCAGAAUUGAGAGAUAUUCUAAUCUUUCCAAACUAAGCAUGAACCUGACCCACAGUAGAGUCUCGGAUGCUGCGUGGUCAUAUUGUUCUGUGUUCCCCUUGGAACUGUUCUGCCUUGCUGUGGUUACAGCAGCACACCACACGAAUGGCACCAGGUGCUUGUUAAGCCCUGUGGACAGGAACACCAGGGCACAGCAUCUGAGGGUAGACAGGGUCUAGCACUUUCACACCCAAGUUGAGAUUUCUGCAUUACCCUGUUCUUUGUGGGCACUUGAACAAAAGGGUGUGUGACACUGUGAAUUUCAAUAAGUCUUUGGCGUUCUGGAGAUGCUUACUGGCUAGAAGAACCGUGCAGUAAAUUUUUCUGUAGGGUAAGUUUAAUUCAUUUGUUUUUAUGAAUUGGGGAUUCCUUAUUCUUGAAUCUGAUGCAUGUUCUCAUGAAGGCGACACCAUUGAGUAUCAGGGUCGUGAACUAUGAAGGAGGUCUGCUCCUAGCACAGUCAGGUUACUAUGACAAGGGAUUCUGUACCCUGGGUGGGUGACUGUCACCUCCCCCCCCCCAAAACCCUCAGAACUCUGUGUUUUCUCUCACGUGGUGUUGAUGUAACGUCUUCUUAAAAAUAAAGAGGAAAAAUGUUAUACUCAGUAGUUUACUGUUCAUAAGGAAAAGUUGCGAAACAGAAAUGCUACUUAAAAAUGAAACCCAGGGCAGGAGAGGUGGCUCAGAGGCUCAGAGCACUGGCUGCUCGUGCAGAGGAUAUUGGUUUGAUUCCCAGCAUUGAUGUGGUGGCUUACAGCCAGAUCACAAUCGUAGUUCCAUGGGAUCCCACGCCUUAUUCUCACCUCCAACGGCACCAGGCACGCACGUGGUGCACAGGCAAAGCACUCAUAUAAUGAAAAAAAUAAAAAUCUUUAAAAAGAAAGAAAGGAAGAAAGAAGGAAAGAAAGCCUGGCUGUCUGCAUCAUUGUGGUUGUUUGGAUGAGAAUGUCCCCCAUAGGAUCAUGUGUUUGAAUGCUUGAUACCUAGUUGGUGGAACUGUUUGGGGCAGAUUAGGAGGUGUGUCACUGUUGGAGGAAAUGUGUCACUGGGCGUUGAGGUUUCAGAAACCCCCACUGGGCCUAGGCUGCCUGCUUUGGGUUUGUGGAGUAGGGUGUACACUCCUAGCUACUGCUCUAGCACCGUGCUGGCCUGCUGCCUGGACUUUGUCCUCUGCUCAGCCGCUGGUUGCCCCUCCAUCUUCAUCCUGUUUCAUGAUGCUCACUAGGCCCUCUGCGGGGCUGAAGCGUGCAUGCUCCACCCAGCUGCAGAUGCUGCAGUCUGCAGGGCUUUGUGUCCAGCUGUAUGCAGAGCCAGCCCCGUGUGGCAGCUGCUCCCCGUGUUAGUUACUUCCUGCGUUACUGAGGUCGACAUCUUGAUCCACAGGCAGCAGAAGGGAGCUGUGAGCCACACUGGGCCUAGUUUAUGCACAGGGGAGGCCCCAAAGCCCGCCCCCACAGUGACACACUUCCUCCAGCAGGGCCACACCCCCUAAAAUUGCCAGUCCCUGUGGCCAAGCAUUCACACAGGUGACUCGAGGGCCAUACCUAGUCAAACCGCUGCAGCCAGGAUUUUGCUGAGAAUGAGGAGGGUACUGAUUAUUCAAAGCGUGACUGGGUACGUGAAGGACAACUUGUGGAAGUCAACCGUGUGGUCCCAGAUCUCUGGUCAGGCUGUUGGCUUGACAGCGGGUGUCUUUAGCCAGGGCCCCAACCUGCUGGCCUUGUUUGUUUUCAUUUAGAUGUCAGGGCUCUGGAGCGGGAAGUGGAAAUCAAGUACUUAGCACAAUUCACAGAGGCAGGGUACACCCUGCCCUGAAGUCCCUCAGAGCACGCUAAACUGCCCUGCUGGAAAACAGGACAGAAAUGCUCUCGGGUCUGGUGGUCAUCUCCAGCAAGGACUCUGUCCAGCACCAGGGAGUGUCUUUGACCAUGGAAGGGACUGUGAACCUCCAGCUCAGUGCCAAAAGUGUGGGUGUGUUUGAAGCCUUUUACAACUCUGUGAAGCCCAUCCAGAUCCUCAGCAGCACCAUUGACGUGCUGAAGCCGGGGAAGCUCCCCAGUGGCAAGACGGAGAUCCCCUUCGAGUUUCCUCUGCAUGCCAAGGGCGGCCGGGUGCUGUACGAAACCUACCACGGCAUGUUUGUCAACAUCCAGUACACGCUGCGCUGUGACAUGCGGCGGUCCCUGCUGGCCAAGGACCUGAGCAAGACCUGUGAAUUCAUCGUUCAUUCUGCUCCUCAGAAGGGGAAGCUGACGCCCAGUCCUGUUGACUUCACCAUCACCCCGGAAACCCUGCAGAACGUCAAAGAGAGGGCCUCACUUCCCAAAUUCUUCAUUAGAGGCCAUCUGAACUCCACUAACUGCGCUAUCACGCAGCCCCUGACGGGAGAGCUGGUGGUGGAGCAUUCGGAAGCUGCUGUCCAGAGUGUGGAGCUUCAGCUGGUCCGGGUGGAGACCUGUGGGUGUGCCGAAGGCUAUGCGCGCGAUGCCACAGAGAUACAGAACAUUCAGAUUGCUGAUGGGGACAUCUGUAGGGGCCUCUCCGUCCCCCUGCACAUGGUCUUCCCCAGGCUGUUCACCUGCCCGACGCUGGAGACCACCAACUUCAAAGUGGGUGAGGACCUGGUCCCGUGGGUGGUGCCACCCACAUUCAAGGCAGGUCUUCUUCCUCCUCCCUUAAACACCUCUAGAAAUUCCCUUGAAGAUACGCCCAGAGGUAUGUCUCCGCGAGUGCAAAUCUAGUUAAUGUAAGAGUAAGAUUAACCCCAAGUCCACACCCGAACAGCUUGAUGGCAUCUUAUAGUAGCAUCUGUGACCUUAAAGUCUAACACUGCUCUAAAGACCAGAGUUUCUUCUGAGACUCAACUGUGAUGGCUUAUAAGAGCAAAAGACAAAUAGCAUGCUUUCAGCAGACACACAGAAUAAGCACUCCCUUUCAGAAAGGAGCAGCAGCAGGCCCAGAGCAAAGAAAAAGCAAACCGAAGCAAUAUUAAAACCUAGUUGUUGUUAGUUUAGUUUAGUUUUUGGGUUUUUGAGACAGGGUUUCUUCUUUGUGUAACCCUGGCUAUCCUGGAUUCAUUUUGUAGACCAGGCUGGCCUGGAACUCAUAGAGACUCACCUGCCUGUGCCUCCAAGUGCUGGGAUUACAGGCGUGUGCCACCAUGCCCAGCUACUAUUUUUAAUUAUAUGUUUAGGGGUCUUGUGUACCCACAGCCUACCCAGAGCUGAGGUUCUGCAGUGUGGUGCCAGGUGCCACUUUGCCCAUAUAGCAAAAAUAAGGGCGAGUUUUGUUCGGGGUGCUUUCUCUAAACGUACAUCCCCUCUGUGUGACCUUUACCCAUGAAAACUAAAAACCAGUGGAGGAAAUCCUGUGCAAUAAAAUACAAAAACACUUGUAAGAACCAAGUGUUUCCACAAAGGCUUCCUUGGCUGAUAGCAAAGGACCAGCUCUUGAACCAGCUAUACGCUCCUUUCCUUCAUUAAACACCAGCCACCAGGGUCUCGUUCUGUAGCUUGGGCAGACUGGAACUGACCAUGUAGCUCAGACUGCCCUCAGGCGCCUUGCCUUCCUCCUGCCUCGGUUUCUCAGGUGGCGGAAUGAUGGGUGUGUGCUGCUCUGCCUGGCUGAAGCCAUAGCUAUUUCUAAAGAAUGUGUCUGAGAUUUGAUCCUCUUCGGGCCUCUGUCAGCACUAGGUGCACACCUGGUUUACAUACAGGCCGUGGGCAGAGUGCUCACACACGUGAUGUGAGAUUGAAAAAGGAGUGUGCCUGGCCAGGACAUUGACGACAUGCCCCUCGACCGCUGCAGCACAGUUCAGAGCCUAGUGCUCCAUGUGGGCCAGGCUGGCCUCGAACUCACAGAGACGCUCUGCCUCUGCCUCCAGGGCUGGGAUCACAGGUGUGCGCCACUGCCACCCAGUUCUAGAGAAGAAAAUGGACAGUGUUGUGGGGUGAUUGUGGGUACCCCUCCUGACCCAGUGCCCGGCUGACAAGACAGAUGAGACAUUGAUAGUGAGUCAUUGGCAGGCCCUCCGGGUCCUCAGAGCGCACAGGGAGAUGCCUCAGGGACGCAGCGCAGAGUCCUUGUGGCCCCUGCACGCUGCCUCACUGUUAGCCUUUGGCUCCCUGCCCAGGUGAGUGAGCGCCUCUCUUUUCC